CUCCUUCUUGAAAAGAAACAAAACAAGAUGGUGAAAAGCUUUGUUGACAACAUCAUAGGUAGUGAAUAGAGGUAACGUCCGUAGUACUUAACGUCUGGUGCAUUUUCUGGUACAUGCAGUGUUUCCCCUGCCAUAACCAAAACUUUUAUCCUGGAAGACAGCCGAAAAAUUGUAUAUGAAACAGUCAAAUCACUAUAUCCACAAUUACGAUAGCCUUUAUCAGUUAAGACAGCUCCAGACGAAGUUCAGCAAACUUUUAACAUACAGCAGAUAUCGAACGGCAAGUGUUCAAACAGACAGCUACAUGUGCCAACCGUAUACCAUAUUCACUUUCGCAAACUGUGAUAAUGCAAAGGAUGUUCCAGACGAAAAUAUUUAUCAGCUUCACUGUGUCCUAAAAUACUCUAUUAAGGUUUAAGCCAUUCGCUUAAAUAUUUAAAAGAGGAAAGAGCUUAAACAUUUAAAGAGGGCCAUGUUAAGGUAGCUUAGUAGAAGGGAUAACGUUGACUGUAGGAAAAAAGGAAAACACGAGAGUAAACAAGCGGCCGAAAAAGUAAUGUAAGAUGUGUUUAUUGUGGGUACUAUAGGAUAUCGCUUAAACGCUUUUUCAUUGUGCAGUUUUUGUUUUUCUUAGCAACUCUAUUGUUUAGCUAUGUUAACUAGUCUGUGUUUUUCUUAGCAACUCUAUUGUUUAGCUAUGUUAACUAGUCUG